UUUGAAGCUCGAGCUCCUCUCCUCGCUUUUACCGUAGAGCACACUGGAUUGAACCAUUAGGACAACCGGACUAUUAGGGCUCUGGAAAAAGGGUCGGGAAAAGCAAAAUUCGCUCUUUUCUUUUCAUUUGAAGGCUACAUUUCUCAGUAAGGACCCGUUGACAGCAGAGCCAGGAUGGAUGCUAACGGCAUAUUCUCACUUCUGUUGCUGUGUUCUGUCACUGAGCUGUGCGUGUUGGCGAGCCCUGAGGGGAAUGACUCCCAGCAGCACCAUACCCAGAACGUCUACCACGACAUCGGUGUCACCAGGAACACCAUAGUCACUGCUCAGUUUGAGUGCUAUCAGAAGAUCAUGAAAAACGACAAACACAACAAAAUAGGGCCAGUUUGUAACAGGACGUGGGAUGGCUGGCUGUGCUGGGAGGACACAGAGGCAGGCUUCACUACAAACCAACACUGUCCAGACUACUUCCAAGACUUUGACACAGCAGAAAUGGCGUCCAAAGUGUGCAGUGAAACGGGUAAUUGGUUUCUACACCCGGAGAGCAACAGGACAUGGACAAACUACACCAAAUGUACGGCAUACACCAGUGCAGGAAGAGUGACAGCGAUGAAUCUCUACUACCUGGUUCUGAUUGGACAUGGACUGUCGCUAACGUCAUUGUUCUUCUCAUUGGGAAUAUUUUUCCAUUUCAAGAGUCUAAGCUGCCAGAGGAUAACGCUCCACAAAAACCUAUUUUUUUCAUUUGUGUUGAACUCGGUCAUCACCAUCAUCUGGUUGACAGCGGUGGCUAACAACCAGGGACUAGUGCAGAGCAACCCUGUGAGCUGUAAGGUGAUCAUGUUUAUUCACCUGUACCUGUUUGGCUGUAACUACUUCUGGAUGCUGUGUGAGGGCAUCUACCUGCACACACUCAUCGUCGUGGCUGUGUUCGCCGAGAAACAACACCUCAUGUGGUACUACCUGCUUGGAUGGGGAUUUCCACUCAUACCUGCAUUGAUACAUGCAAUAGCACGAAGCUACUACUACAAUGAUAAUUGUUGGAUCAGCUCCAACACUUCCCUCCUCUACAUUAUCCAUGGUCCCAUCUGUGCUGCCCUGCUGGUGAAUCUGUUCUUCCUGUUAAACAUUGUGCGUGUCCUCAUCACCAAACUGAAGGUGACCCAUCAAGCUGAAUCUAGCCUCUACAUGAAGGCUGUGAGAGCCACCCUGAUCCUAGUCCCUCUCCUGGGCAUCCAGUUUGUCUUGUUCCCCUACAAACCCCAGGGACGCUUCGCCUUGGAGAUCUACGACUAUAUUAUGAACAUCCUCAUGCACUACCAGGGUCUCCUGGUUGCCACCAUCUUCUGCUUCUUCAAUGGGGAGGUCCAAGGUGUUUUGCGAAGGCACUGGAACCAGCAGAGGAUCCAGUUUGGCAGUAACUUUGCCCACGCAGAUGUCUUCCGCUCAGCCUCAUACGUGGCGUCAUCCCUGACGGAGGUGCAUCGCUGCUACAGCAUCGACGGGCACACCGAACACAUGAACGGCAAGAACAGCUACCACGACGUCGAGACGGUGACACCCACCAUACUCCGGUCGGACAACCCGUUUGCCUGAGGCUGAAGGUCGGAAGUCGCGGGUCUUGGGUCUGUACAGUUACACAGUGGCAGUUAAACUUUCAGUUGAAAUGGCUGCAGACAAUUUGGAACUCUUUUCCCACCAUAUUCUAGAACAUUUUCUCAAACUUCUUGGCAGUAGCCUUCACAGCAAUUGGAUGAUGGUGAAAAAGUACAUGAACGUUUAUAGGGAGCACUACUCAGCCUCUUGAUCUGGUCAAUACAGUUACCUUCAACUGAUCCACUUUAACUUCACGAGGACGGAAUAGGCACUUAACUAGAGACACCUGUGUAAAGGAAUGGACACUACCUACACUACCUUAAGGGUUUUAGUGUAAGGAAUGGACACUACCUACACUACCUUAAGGGUUUUAGUGUAAGGAAUGGACACUACCUACACUACCUUAAGGGUUUUAGUGUAAGGAAUGGACACUACCUACACGACCUUAAGGGUUUUAGUGUAAGGAAUGGACACUACCUACACUACCUUAAGGGUUUUAGUGUAAGGAAUGGACACUACCUACACUACCUUAAGGGUUUUAAUGUAAGGAAUGGACACUACCUACACUACCUUAAGGAUUUUAGUGUAAGGAAUGGACACUACCUACACUACCUUAAGGAUUUUAGUGUAAGGAAUGGACACUACCUAUACUACCUUAAGGGUUUUAGUGUAAGGAAUCAAUCUUGCCGUUUCAUCCUGUGGACUGAAGGGCCUACGACUGUACAAAAACCUCUGACCCAAGAGCCUGAGACUCUACAACAACUUCUGACCCAAGAGCCUGAGACUCUACAACAACCUCUGACCCAAGAGGAGUACAGUGCAAUUAACUUGUUGGGCCUUCUGGUGAUAUAAUUACUUCCAUUCUGUAAAGGACAAAGGAAACCUAAUGUACAUGGACCUUAAGCACUGGAUUAUGUAUUAAGAUUGGCAGGCUCUUUAUGUCUCUCUUUAUGACAAGACAAGUAACUAAACGUCACAGUGGAUUUUUUUUAUACAGUGUACAGUUACAAUUGUUUUCUUUUACAGCAAUUAGCAUUGAAUGUGUUAUCAUGUGUUGUUGUCUGUGGUUUGAAUUUGCAUGGUCAUUGAUGGCUACUUAUUUAUAACUAUGUUUCAGUAGUACAAGAUGGACCACCCAUUAGAAUGUUCAUUUCCUGUCAGUGUAUUUCCCUGUCCAGCGGUCUUCUCCCUUCUCUAGACUAGGGUUUAGUGUACAAUGUUAAUUUCCCUGUCCAGCGGUCUUCUCCCUUCUCUAGACUAGGGUUUAGUCCCUCUGUGGGAGUUUAUGUCUGGCACAUAAAAUGACCUUGGUUUUGCCU